UCCUCCUUACAUGAGCUUGCUUGAAGAGCAAUAUUCUUGAUAGUUGACAGCAGGCGAGCAAACACAGUAGGGGAGAAAGCAGAGAAAUCUAUACUUGCAGUGGACAGAGGAUUUUCCUCUUCUUAAAGGGUGAGACAUCUAUAAGCCAAUUUAAUAUUAUUGUUUGAAGAGUUUAAUAAGGGGUUUUGGAGGAGGGUUUAAAAGUUUGUUGUGCUGCUGGAUGGUUGACUAAGCUGAAGGGGAACAUCUGGUGCACACUUUAUACCAAGGAUCCCUUCCUCACCACAACGUUUUAACCUUAAGCCCUAACGUCCCAGCUGGAGUGUGAUCUGGUGGGAUGGCAGAGGGCGAUGUGGAUCCGUACCCUCAGGUGUUUGUGGUUGACAGCCAAGCCAACUACGUCUCCAUGCCUGGCGAGAAGAGGCCACGUUGGGUGAGAUCAGGACAAAAGUUUCUUCUCCUGCUGGUAGGACUCGCCCUGUUGGGACUUGUUGUCGAGGGGUGUUUUAUCUACAGUCUAUACAAAAAAACCGAGGACUUGACCUACUGUAAGUCUCACCCGCUGUGCCAGAACCUGACCAAUCCUCCAACAUCUGGCGGGCAGGGUGGCACCAUAUUGAGCCAAGUGGGUUCCAAAGAUUCCAAUGAGAUUCCCACAGUACGACCAGAUCUGGAAGACAUCCAACAGAGACCCUUUGCUCAGCUUAUAGGUUCAGACUCUUAUAUCGGAGAGAACCAUGAGGUGCAGUGGGAAGAUAAAAAUGGCGAAACUGUAACCCACAACAUGGGCUUUGAAAAAGGCCGGUUGAUGGUCAAGGAGGAUGGCUACUACUACAUUUACUCUAAAGUGACAUUAAAUGUCGCAGAGGAGUGUGAGCUUAUCCAGCACAAGAUCAUAAAAGCUACCAGUGCCUACGGCAAGGAUAUUGAACUUUUGAAAUCCAAAAGUUACCGCUGCUUCAAUCCUACACGCUCCCCGAUUACUCACAAGGAGGAUAUCCGGAACAGUUUUCUGGCUGGGAUCUUCCACCUGAAGAGCGGGGAUACAAUUUUCGUCACAUUGGAAAAUAGCCCUAAGAUGUUUCCGAGACAUACUGAAUACCUCAUGGGGGCAUUUAUGAUAUAUCCAGGUGGAUUGCUGCAGGAAUAAUAUCCUCUGUCCCACUCUGUGAACAGAUUCUAUGUCUCUGUGUUAUGAACGUACACCAUAUGUUGUGGUGAAUGUUAUGUAUCUAAUAUAUAGGCCUAUAUAAUCUAAAUUAUACUAUAUGUAAUUGAAUCCCUUAUGAAACAGCAACUAAUGGUUUUGACAUCAUAAAAAAGUAUCUGACAUUCAGGUAAUAUAAUCCUACUUGUUGAUUUGUUUUUUGUUAAUAAAAUGCAUUCAUUCA